UCUAUCUAAACACGUCACUAGCUCAGGACGAGCAGCGAGAACAUAGAAUCACGUGGUGUUAUUGACGGAAGGUCUGAUCUAUUCCGCUGCUGAAACUUUCGGCUACUGAAGUGAACUACAAGUGGAAAUGCAGCUCGCCCUUUUAGGGCGAUCUUUUCUGCGACUUGGCGCGCGAAACUACCGCUUGCUCCGUCUUCAUGGUGAUUCAGCCACAUGGAGAUGUCAGUGCUUUAGCUCAGAAAAUAAAGUAGAGGAAAACAGCGCAGUGACUCCAAUGCUGAAACAUCUCAUAAUGAAAAUAAAGUCAACUGGCCCUAUUACAGUUGCUGAAUACAUGCGAGAAGUCCUAACCAAUCCUUUGAAGGGAUAUUAUAUGCACCAUGACAUGCUUGGAGAAAAAGGAGAUUUUGUUACUUCACCUGAAAUAAGUCAGAUGUUUGGGGAGUUAAUAGGUGUUUGGUUUGUUAGUGAAUGGAUGGCCUCUGGCAAACCCAAAAAAUUUCAGCUGGUGGAGCUGGGCCCAGGUAAAGGCAGUCUUACUCAUGAUAUUUUGCGGGUCUUUAAUCACCUGGACUCUUUACUUAGUAAAUGUGACAUUUCUAUUCACCUGGUGGAAGUCAGUCCCAAGUUAAGUGAGAUUCAAGCAUUAACACUGACAGAAAAAAAAGCAGAAUUAAUGAAUAGUUCCCCUGCUUACAUGCAAGGUGUAGCUAAGACUGGACUUCCAAUUUUCUGGUACCAAGACUUAAGUGAUGUACCAGCAGGGAACAGUUUUUAUUUAGCACAUGAAUUCCUUGAUGCUCUGCCUAUACACAAGUUUCAGAAAACAGAAAAGGGGUGGCGUGAGUUGCUGGUUGAUAUUGAUCCAGAAGCUCCUGACAAGCUGCGUUUUGUCCUUGCACCAUCUGCUACUGCUGCUUCAGAAGUAUUCAUACAUGAGAGGGAAUCCAGGGAUCACGUGGAGGUGUGUCCUGAUGCUGGUGCCAUUAUUCAGAAGCUGGCCCAAAAUGUAGAAAAGAAUGGGGGAGCAGCGCUGAUUGUAGAUUAUGGUCAUAAUGGAACAAAAACUGAUACUUUCAGGGGAUUCUGUGGCCAUAAGCUACAUGAUGUGUUGACAGCUCCAGGAACAGCAGACCUCACUGCAGAUGUUGAUUUCAGUUACCUGCAAAGAAUGGCACAAGAAAAAGUGGCUACUUUGGGUCCCAUAAAGCAACAGGACUUCUUGAAAAACAUGGGAAUUGAUGUACGAUUGCAGGUGCUGUUACACAAUGUAAAAGAUGCAGUUACUCACCGUCAGCUGCUUCAAAGUUAUGAAAUGCUCAUGGAGCUGGAUAAAAUGGGAGGACGAUUCAACUUUUUUGCUCUUCUGCCUCAUUACAGACUUGUAGCUUCUGACAAGCUAAAGAAGCCACAUCAUUCAACAUCACUUUCUAUACCUGUUGCUGGUUUUAGUGAACUUUUAUGGAAAUGAGCCCUAACUCUGAACAUUUUUUGUAUGACAAAGAUUCACACUUUAUCAUUCAGCUAAGCAUUAUGGAAACAACUGUAUUGCUAUUUCAGAUGUAAUAUACAAGAAUUAGCAUAAAAGGUUAUGCUAUAAAUAUCCAAACUUCACUUGUAUCAUGUAAACUGCAGUACAGGUUGCAUUAUGGUUCCAGUAACAUUAAGACAGUAAAUUUGGGAAGGAGACAGAAUAAUAAUAUAUUCUGGGAUAGAAAAAUACAUUUUUUACUAACCUUGUAUUUUAAAAGUCCUUUAAUAUAUAACUGAGUUUGUUGGGCUCCAAGCAAAGAUCUGCAGGUUACUGUAUUAUCAUGUAUUUUUUUCUAAACAGACUGGGACUUUUCAGUGUAGAACAAAAAAGGACAAUUAAGGGGAGACAUGGUGGAGGUUUAUAAAAUUACACAUGGGGCAGAGAGUGAAUAGAGACCAUUUUUUCUCCUCCCUAAAUACUAGAACUAGGGAGCACCUAAUAAAAUUGAUGCACAAGAGACAAAA